GCUUACCAUGGACACUGUGGAGCAUUAGAGGUCCUCCUGUCAUCCCUGCUGGACGUGGACGUUCGCAGCCCAGAGGGCCGCACCCCCCUCAGCCUGGCCUGCUCCAGUGGUCAUCAGGAGUGUGUCUCCCUGCUGCUGCAUCACGGAGCCUCACCCAUGACCCAUGACUACACACACAAAAAGACAGCCAUACAUGCUGCAGCUAUGAAUGGCCACCCAGAGUGCCUUCGCCUGCUCAUGAGCAACAAUGACCAACACAUUAAUGUGGACUUACGAGACAUCAACGGACAGACUCCUCUGAUGUUGGCUGUGCUGAAUGGACACACAGAGUGUGUGUACGCUCUGCUUAGUCAAGGAGCCAGUGUAGAGAAUCAGGACCGCUGGGGGAGGACGGCACUACACAGAGGGGCAGUGACAGGUCAGGAGGAGUGUGUGGAGGCUCUCCUCCAGCGGGGGGCCAGUGUUUGUGUGAAGGACAUCCGGGGCCGCUCACCUCUUCACCUGGCAUCCGCCUGUGGCCGUGUUGGUGCCCUUGGUGCCCUGAUGCAGGCCACCACCACCCCACACACUGACACACACCUCACUGACAACCAGGGCUACACACCACUGCACUGGGCCUGUUAUAACGGAUAUGAUGCGUGUGUGGAGGUGUUGUUGGACCAGGAGGUGUUCAGGCAGAUCAACAGCAACUCAUUCAGUCCACUACACUGUGCUGUGAUGAGCGACAACGAUGGAGUGGCUGAGAUGUUAAUUGACUCCCUGGGCGCAGCUAUCGUCAACACUACUGACUCUAAGGGCAGGACCCCUCUUCACGCUGCAGCUUAUUCCGACCACGUGGAGUGUGUUUCUCUUCUUCUGAGCCAUGGUGCUCAAGCAAACGUAGUCGACACAAACAUGCGCAGCACACCGCUCAUGAUGGCAGCUCUGAACGGACAGACCAACGCUGUGGAGGUGUUGGUGAGCAGCGCUAAAGCAGACAUGGCUCUGCAGGAUACAGACAGAAACACAGCAUUACAUCUGGCCUGCAGCAAGGGUCAUGAGACGAGUGCCUUGUUGAUUAUGGAGAAAAUCAGUGACAGGAACCUCAUCAACUGCACCAAUGCUGCUCUCCAGACGCCACUGCAUGUAGCAGCAAGGAAGGGUCUGACGGUGGUGGUCCAGGAGCUGCUGGGGAAAGGAGCCAGUGUGUUAGCAGUGGACGAGAAUGGUUACACUCCAGCUUUGGCCUGCGCUCCCAACCGUGAUGUAGCCGACUGCCUGGCCCUCAUCCUCAACUCCAUGAUGCCCACCUCCCCCAUUGUCACCAUAGCCGCUCUACCUGCACUUUCUCUCGCUCAAACGGUCAACCACAACUCCACCUCCAACCACAUCUCCAAAGGCGUGGCCUUCGAUGCCCUGCCCCCUCUGAGGCCCAACCAUGCCUCCUACUGCAGGCCAGAGCGCCCGCUGUCCACUGUGUCUGCAGACGAUGAAAUGAAUGACUCGGAUUCAGAGACAUACUGAGAACUAUUGGACAGAGCCUCGCGGUUCUGACAGGCUAAGCAGACACUCAGGAGCCUUAAUAGUUCACUGAAAAGGGACAGAGAGGGAGAUAAAGGAGGAUAGUUUUUAUAGGUAAACCUCUUCAAUAAUAAUCAUUUCUGUGUAUCAGAUGUUUGUUUUCAUUAAGGUGGAAAUAAUGUACUAAAAUAUAGAAUAAGGUAAAAACAAAAUGCAUUUCUCUCAGACAGGCUCACUGCAUGGUCAGUAAUAUGGCCAGUGUCUUUUUAAAAUUUAAAGCAAUGUAAUUUUCUUUUUAAAUGCUGAUACUUCCUCGAAUGGUUUUAAGUCUUUUCACAGUUUAUCCUUCUACAAUCACCAGAGGAGCGAGAACUGGAGAGGACAGAUUUUGUCUCAAGAAAUAAACAAACGGACAAUCUUAUGGGACCAGGAGAUGGAUGAACUGUUUUCUCUUGUGUGCUUCUGAGUUUUAUUCUUCUCAGAGCGUUUGCGGCAGCCGCCGAAGACUCUAACUACCGCGCAUUGCUGCGUAACUGAUGUCGAACCACUUCUUGAUUCCGAGGAGAGGAAGUCGCUAUUGAAUCCUAUGAAAAAUAUGAAUUUAUUCCGAGCGGGGGCCGAAUCCUCGAGGAGGUGUUUCUGACAGCAGGUGGAUGUAAGAAUCCGGAUUGACGGUGCAAUUGAGCGACCUGAGGAACUUUAACCUGCUAUGCUGUAAACUACUUAAUGUCUGUGUACUGUACUGGAGACAGGAGAAAGUGGCUGACACUGUGCAUAAUGUGUGUAUAAGAGAUUGUGUGCGUGUGUGUGUGUGUGUGUGUGUGUGUGUGUGUGAGACAGAAAUGAAUAAAAACUGCCAAGAACCUUUCAGGCAGAGGAUGAACUACCUGGUGCAAUGUUUAUAAAGAUUAAGUAACAAAGGAAUAAAGAUAUUUGUUUUUGA